AUUCUUGUAGCGACGAGGCUACCUUAUUAAGUGUACACUGAUGGCUAUUACUGUUGUCAACUAAUCAAAUUGUUUUGUUAAAGAACACUUCAUCUAUUUUUAUUAGCAAAAUGAAUUUUGUAUUUUAUCGGUUUCCUAAAACGUAUUUUUUUAAUAUUUUUAAAUUGAGAGCAAAUAAAUUUAAAAAUCUUUGUGAAAAUAAAAAAGUGUAUAAUAAUGUAUUAAAUCGUAAAGUAUAUGGCGACGCUUUGUUUAUUACUUAUUCCGUUAGUAUAUUGGGUUUGUUUAAAAGUGAUGAGGAAACGCCGGAAAAUAAGUUAAUUACUACUAUCAAAAGAUCAAUUUUGUGCAUUCAGCGGGAGCAGUACGACAAAGCUGAACAAAUGUUACAUUUAGCCUUAAGAAUGUCACAAGAUUUACAAAGUAAAGAUGGUAUUAUAUAUGUGUAUGACAUAAUGGCAAAUUUAGCUAUGGAAAGAGAACAAUACAAAAAAGCUGAAAGAUUAUUUGCUGAAGUUAUGCGACGACUAUUAGGUGACGGUCUAUCUGAAGAGAAUACAAAGAUUCUUCACAUCAGUUCGAAGCUAGCUCAUAUUGCUCAACUGCAGGGAGACAUCGAAAAAGCGAAAACUGGAUUCGUGUGGACCUUGUCUAAAAUAGAGGAAUGUAGGAAGAAAAUGCCUGAUGACAUCGAUGUGAAAGAGUUGUGGGGCCUUACUACGAAUUGGUUUGGUCAAUUACUAAUGAAGGAACAUAAUUUUCGACAAGCUAAACAAUGUUUUAAAGAUGCUUAUGACUGUUUUACACAAAUUCAUGGAACUGAUAACGAAGAGGCUCUAACAAUUUUAAAUAAUUUGAGCGUAGUUUGUACAAAUAUGGAACAAUUUGAUGAAGCUAGAAAUUAUAUUUUAAAAGCAUUAGAACUAGUAAAAAAUAUAAAGGAUGCAACACAGGAAGGUAUUUUACUAGCUAAUUUGGGAUUAAUUUAUCUACGAGAAGGUUUAAUUAUUGAGGCAAAAUCUGUUUGUUCUCAAGCAUGGAAAAGUGGAAAAUCGAAUAACAAUGACGCCGCAAUUGAGCAAGCAGAGUAUUGUCUUAAUGAAAUAAAAACACAAACAGAGAAAUAAAUGAGAUUUAUUUAAUUAGAUUUAUAAA